AUGGCUUCCGCUGUCGCGUUCCAGUCUGGUGUGCUCCAAUGCAAAGGCCUCACGCCUCUUCCGCUCGCUUCUAAGAAGCAGCAGUCUCUCUCCGGCGCAGCGAGGAUCGCCGCAAACACCCAAUUAAGAUCUCAAAUCUCUCCUUCCUCAUCCAGCGCUGCCGUCUUCUCUCGUCAAGUCCGCGUGUGCGCUUCCGCCGGCAGAAGUAAUGAUACAGCCACGUCCUCAGCGUCCGCCACCGAGACAGUCCCAUCCGUUCAAAGGCCAGCCAGGCUGACGGAAUCCGUCACGGAAGCCGUCAAGGCUGCCGUCAAGCCCAUCCUUGCGGCCGCGCUGAUCGCCUCAGUCCUCACAGGCACGCCGAACGACGCGCUCGCCGCGCAGGGCGGAGGCCGCGUCGGCGGAAGCUCGUUCUCCGCGUCGCGCGCAAACACCUACGCGCCUCCCGCCGCCACCUACGCCGCGCCUCCGGUCGUGGUCGCGCCCGUGACGCCGUUCUUCAUGCCGACGCCGUUCUUCUUCUUCGGGCCGACGAUCUCGCUGGGCGGCGGAGGCGGCAUAUUCGGGUUCCUGUUUCUCGCAAUCGCCGUGUACUUCAUCGCGCAGACCGUGAUGGGGUUCCUCGCGGACUCAGCGGAGGAGGAGGUGUGGGCGGAGACGCAGCGCAGCAGCGUGGUUCGCCUGCAGGUGGGCCUGCUGGGAACGGCGAGGAAGCUCCAGCGCGACCUCGACCAGAUGGCGUCGCGCGCCGACACCGGCUCGCAGGAGGGCCUGCACUCCAUCCUCCAAGCCAGCCCGUAUCUCACCGCCCAUGCGUUCUUCUUUUCAUCUCCGCUGCUCCCGUUCCUUCCUUCAGAGACCGUUCUCGCUCUCCUGCGCAACCCCGACUACUGCAUUUACGGCUUCUCCACGUCGGAGACGGCCAAUGACUCGUACGGGGGGGAGGCGGCGUUCAACCGGCUGAGCAUGGGCGAGCGCAGCAAGUUCAAGGAGGAGACACUCGUCAAUGUCGGCGACAUGCGGAAACGGUCGGAGCGCGAGCCCAGCGAGCAGCGAAUGAACAGCGAAUACAUUGUGGUCACCAUUCUGGCGGCCACAGAGGGAACUUUCGUGCUGCCCGAGGUUAAAUCUACUGCCGACCUGAGAGAGGCGCUCACCAUCCUAGGGUCCAUCCCUGCUGACGAGCUCCAGGCCGUGGAGGUGCUGUGGACGCCGCAAAAUGAGGAGGACACACUCACAACGCGCGACAUGCUCGAGGACUAUCCCUCACUGCGACCUCUGUAG